AUGAUUGAUGAAUAUGGGACUCUCAAUGAAGAUUACCCUGAUAAACGAUUUGACCCUAUUUUAAAAGAAUAUAUUCGUCAAACUAAACAAAAUAUUUAUGAACAAAAGAAAAGAAACUAUCGAAUAUCGGAUAAAACUAAAGCACUUCGAAAAAUAUUUGACGCAAAAAUAAAUUUACUUAAUACAAUUGAAGAGGCAAAAAUAAUUUUCAACGCCUUAAACAUACAACAUACUUUUGAUAAACUUUACGAAGUACUUAACGAAACACAAGAUACUUCUGAAGAAGAAAGUGAAUGUCACCAAGACGAACACGAUACAAAAGACACGUAG